AUGAAACAUACUUAUUUACGCUUUUUAGCGCCCGCAUCUGGUGUUAUAAACUACUACCCACGUCUCUUCAAUCUAUCAUCAGAAGAGUCUAUGCUUUACCAGGGGCACCCAACACCGGAGAUUACUGCAGCUUGGGACAAGAUAACAGAUGACGUGCGCCCUAUGAGAAUCCCGAUGGAAUGGUUGUCAUUGGUUAACACUGAAGACAAUGAAACUUUGGUAAAAUUCUCUGAAGAAGACGGCGGCGGUGCCAUGGCCUCAGUCGGGGUUCUCCAUCAGCUUCAUUGUGUAAAUUUACUGCGCAAAGCAACGUACCCGAUGUAUUACAAGGAUGACCGCUUCUUUACAGUACCAGCGGAGGAACUCAGAGGACACCUAGAUCAUUGCAUUGAAUUGCUUCGACAAACCAUAUCGUGUGCUGGGGAUGUUACUGUACUCACAUACAGAUGGAAGGGCGAUAAACCUCACCCAAAUUUUGACAAGAUACACCAAUGCCGUCGUUUCGACGCUAUUUACAAUUGGGCAGUUCAGAAUGCCGUUCACGUUCCAUCCGAUCACAUUGUCAGGAAUAAAACCAGUAGAAGUCCCAAUUAG